AUGCGUGUCCAAAGUGUCUACAGCCCUGCAGGAAACACCACAUAUUCAGAGGUCACAGGAACAGAUGGGAACAAAAGAUUGCAUCGGCCGGGAAUCGAACCCGGGCCGCCCGCGUGGCAGGCGAGCAUUCUACCACUGAACCACCGAUGCGUGUCCAAAGUGUCUACAGCCCUGCAGGAAACACCACAUAUUCAGUGGUCACAGGAACAGAUGGGAACAACAUCAGAAACUCGCGUAAGCAUUCUACCACUGAACCACCAUGCGUGUCAAAGUGUCUACAGCCGCGGAAACACCACAUAUUCAGAGGUCAAGGAACAAUGGAACAAAAAAAACAUUGCAUCGGCCGGGAAUCGAACCCGGGCCGCCCGCGUGGCAGGCGAGCAUUCUACCACUGAACCACCGAUUCGUGUCCAAAAUGUCUACAGCCCUGCAGGAAACACCACAUAUUCAGAGGUCACAGGAACAGAUGGGAACAACAUCAGAAACUCGCGUAUAAAACAUUGCAUCGGCCGGGAAUCGAACCCGGGCCGCCCGCGUGGCAGGCGAGCAUUCUACCACUGA